AUGAUAAAUUUGGCUGGGAUUAUGUUACAAAACGUUACGGUGUACGGAACUUCUCGAUAUGACAAAUCAGGUAAUGGAAGACCGACAGAAUAUAUGUUGAUAGGCUUUCAUAACACUCUAGGGGAUAAAAAGGCUACGAGGAUUCUGACGUACCACUAUGGUGUUGAUGUAGAAGUUGAUGAUCGCUUGGGAUGGUUUCAUAUAGUUUUAAUGGUAGGAAACUAA